AAGACAGUCACAAACUGUCCCAAAUAUCACCAUAGACACAAGUCAAAAAGACAAAGAAAACAUCUGAGAAAGUGAAAGACCAACCCACAUUCACAAGCCAGAGCCAUGCUGCCCAUUUUCCUUCUCAUUCUAAUUGCUUUCCUUUCCCUAAUCUUCUUCUUCUUCUUCCUCACCACCUCCAAAUCCAACUCCAAAGCUCCCAAAUCCUACCCUCUAGUGGGUUCAUUCUUCGCCAUCCUCGCCAACCAAGAUCGCCAGCUCCAAUGGUUCUCAGAGAUCCUCCUAGACUCACCUUCCGCCACCUUCGUUCUCCGCCGCUCCUUCUCCAACCGCCAAGUCUUCUCCGGCGACCCCGCCGUGGUCCAACACAUCCUUAAGUCCAACUUCCAAAACUAUGGCAAAGGCGAGAUUUUUCGUUCAAGACUCACAGACUUUCUCGGCCAUGGAAUCUUCAACGUCGACGCUGAUGAGUCCUGGAAGUUCCAAAGACAAGUCGCUAGUCACGAAUUCAACACCAAAUCUCUCCGCAAGUUCAUUGAAACCGUUGUGGACACUGAGCUCUCUGACCGCUUAAUCCCCAUUCUCUCCUCAGCUGCCCAAAAUGGAACUGUCCUAGAUUUCCAAAACAUUCUUCAAAGGUUUGCUUUUGAUAAUAUAUGUAAGAUCGCUUUUGGGUUCGACCCGGUUUACUUGUCGCCCUCUCUUCCACAAGCCACGUUCGCCUUGGCCUUUGAAGACAGUGUUCGAAUCAGCUACGGGAGGCUCACUGCUUCAAUUCCACUCAUUUGGAAAAUCAAGAAGUUUUUCAAUAUUGGGUCAGAAAAGCGUCUCAAAAUGGCUGUCUCAGAAGUAAAAGAGUACGCCAUGAACAUAGUGAAACAAAAGAAGCAAAAGCUAGAGCAGCUGGGAGAGAAAGAGAGCCUCGAUGAUGACCUUUUGUCAAGGUUCUUGAGCUCUGGCCAUGUGGACGAGAAGUUCGUGACCGACAUUGUGAUCAGCUUUUUAAUUGCUGGGCGUGACACUACAUCAGCGGCUUUAACAUGGUAUUUCUGGCUUCUAUCUCAGCACCCGGAAGUCCAAUCCAAGGUUGUGAAGGAAAUCAAGGAACAUUCCGAAGUGCCUGCUUAUGAAGAAGUGAAAGACCUGGUGUACGUUCACGCCUCUCUAUGUGAAUGCAUGCGGCUGUACCCACCAGUCCCGUUGGACACGAAGGAGGCUCUGAACGACGACGUGCUGCCCGGAGGGACAGUGGUGAAGAAGGGGAUGAGAGUUUCUUACUUCCCAUACGCGAUGGGGAGGUUGGAGUCGCUGUGGGGAUCAGACUGGGCCGAGUUCAAGCCCGAGAGGUGGCUGCAGAAGGAGGAGAAUUCCAAGUCAUGGAGGUUUGUGCAGAAGGACUCGUACCAUUACCCGGUGUUCCAAGCAGGUCCUAGAAUUUGUUUGGGGAAGGAGAUGGCUUUCUUGCAGAUGAAGAGCGUGGUUGCUGGGGUUUUAAGGAGGUUUAAGGUGGUGCCAGCGUUUGAACGAGAAGUUGUGGAACCAGAGUAUAUUUCCUACUUGACUGCCAAGAUGAAAGGUGGGUUUCCUGUGAAGAUUGUGGAGAGGGGUCAAGAUGAGAAUUGAGUGAACUCUUCCUAUCUACUGCUUAACUUUCUGUGAUUGAAGUUAAUAAAUUUGGAUGAUGAUGUCAAAUUAAUGUGUAAUUUUAUUUCCUUAAGUUAUGAUUAGUUAUUUGAUUAAUGUUAAGUAAUCUUCGAUGUUA